AACCAAACCAUAUUACUCUCUCUCUCUCUCUCUCUCUCUCUCUCUCUCUCUCAUAGUAUAGUUUUCAUUUCAUAGUUUCAUAGUAGAACCAUUACCAUGGCUUGGUGGUACUGCAAGAAACCCACAAGCCUCACAAACACAUCAACUUCACACACAUUAUUCAUUACUAUUGCUUUUGCAUUCUUCAUUUCUCAAUCAUUUGGAGCAAGAAUCUUACAACCUCAUAAUUCACUUCCAUUCAUUUGGCCUCUUCCUGCAAAAUUCUCAUUUGGUAAUGAAACUCUUUCUGUUGAUCCAACACUUUCCCUUACUGGAAACGGUGCUGCUUCACCAAUUGUUCGAGCUGCUUUUGAUAGAUACAAAGGAAUAGUGUUUAAGAACAGUAACAGCUACGGUUUUCUUAGAACUGUAAAUGUUGCUUAUGAUGUUACAAAAUUGAAUGUUGUUGUUCGUUCCAAAAGUGAAGAGCUUCAACUUGGAGUAGAUGAAAGCUAUAAUUUGUUUGUUGCAAAAGUUUCAGGUUCUGGGGGAAUCACAAUUGAGGCAAAUACUGUUUUUGGUGUAUUGCGUGGAUUAGAGACGUUCAGCCAGUUGUGUUCAUUUGAUUAUUCAACUAAAACAGUACAAAUAUACAAGGCACCUGUGUCCAUCCGAGAUAAACCGAGAUUUCCAUAUCGCGGCCUCUUGUUGGAUACAUCAAGGCACUAUUUACCGAUUGAUGUAAUUAAGCAGAUAAUUGAAUCUAUGUCCUACGCCAAAUUUAAUGUUUUGCAUUGGCAUAUCGUAGACACACAAUCGUUUCCUCUUGAAGUACCUACAUAUCCAAAAUUGUGGAAAGGUUCGUACUCAAAGUGGGAACGUUACACAGUAGAGGAUGCAUAUGACAUUGUCAACUUUUCCAAAAUGAGAGGCAUAAAUGUGAUGGCAGAAGUGGAUGUCCCUGGUCAUGCAGAAUCAUGGGGUGCCGGAUAUCCAGAUAUUUGGCCGUCACCCACAUGUAGGAGCCCGCUAGACGUUACAAAGAAGUUUACCUUUGAUGUCCUUUCUGGCAUUAUGACAGAUAUCAGGAAAAUAUUUCCCUUUGAACUAUUUCACUUGGGUGGCGAUGAGGUGAAUACAGAUUGCUGGACCAAUACUACUCAUGUGAAUAAAUGGCUUCAGGUUCACAACAUGACAGCUAAUGAUGCUUACCAAUAUUUUGUACUGAAGGCCCAAAGUAUGGCUCUAUUGAAAAACUGGAGUCCUGUGAACUGGGAAGAAACCUUCAAUACGUUUCCCAGAAAGCUCCAUCCGCGGACCGUAGUGCAUAACUGGCUGGGACCCGGGGUUUGCCCAAAGGUUGUUGCAAGAGGCUUAAGGUGUAUUUUCAGUAACCAAGGUGUCUGGUAUCUUGACCACAUAGAUGUACCUUGGGAUGUUGUAUAUAAUGCUGAGCCGCUAGAAGGAAUACAUGAAGCUUCUCAACAAAAACUUGUGCUUGGAGGAGAAGUUUGCAUGUGGGCUGAGAGAGCUGAUACAUCAGAUGUUCAGCAAACAAUAUGGCCUCGAGCUGCAGCAGCAGCAGAACGUUUGUGGAGUCCGACACAAUAUACUUCAGGUGGAAAUAGUAACUCAACUGCAUUUCCGCGGUUGCAAUACUUCAGAUGUCUGUUGAAUAGAAGAGGGGUUCCGGCUGCUCCUGUAACAAAUUUUUAUGCCAGAACUGCUCCUAUUGGACCAGGUUCAUGCUUUGACCAAUAACUUUAACAUGCUUCAUCUGUCUAAUAAGUUUAGACAGUUGUUGAAAGUAACUAAUGUUUAUCUACAAUGCCUGGUCAAUGAAUGUUUAACGCUCUGGUGAAUGCACAAUAAUAAUCAUGUUGUAAGUUAUUAUUGUAUUUGAUUCAAUAAUAAGAUUUGUUCACUA